AUGGCAACAAAUUUAUAUCGUGUUUUACCAGCAUGUAGUCGAGCUAUUUUAAAAGGGCAUAUUCGUAUGUCCUUAUCAGCAACUUCUUGUUUUCAUCCAUCAAUGAUUACAAGAAUGCAUCAUCAUGAAGUACCUGUACCAGCUGGAGAAACACGUACAGAAUCAGAUACAUUUGGUCCUAUUAAAGUAUCAGCUUCAUCUUAUUAUGGAGCACAAACAGCUCGUUCAAUGCAUCAUUUUAAUAUUGGUAUACCAACUGAUCGAAUGCCAUUACCAUUAAUUGAAGCAUUUGGUUUAUUAAAAAAAGCAUGUGCGAAAGUUAAUAAACAAUUUGGUCUUGAUACAAAAGUUUCAGAUGCUAUUGCACAAGCAUGUGAUGAAGUUAUUGCUGGAAAACUUAAUGAUCAUUUUCCAUUAAGUGUUUGGCAAACUGGAUCAGGUACACAAUCAAAUAUGAAUGUUAAUGAAGUUGUUUCAAAUCGUGCUAUACAAAUUCUUGGUGGUACAAUGGGAAGUAAAAAGCCAGUUCAUCCAAAUGAUCAUGUGAAUAAAAGUCAAAGUUCAAAUGAUACAUUUCCAACAGCUAUGCAUAUUGCUGCUGCACUUGAAUUAAAUCGUCGAUUACAUCCAGCAUUAAAAGAUCUUCAUACAGCAUUAAAAAAGAAAUCCGAAGAGUUUGCAUCAAUUUAUAAAAUUGGUCGAACACAUUUACAAGAUGCUGUACCAAUGACACUUGGACAAGAAUUUUCUGGUUAUACACAUCAAGUAGCUAUGAGUAUUGAACGUUUAAAAACUUGUGAACCACGUUUAUAUGAAUUAGCUAUUGGUGGUACAGCUGUUGGUACAGGUAUAAAUACACCAAAAGGUUUUGGUAAAUUUGUUGCUCAAACAUUACAUGAUCUUACAAAAUUACCAUUUGUUGAUGCACCAAAUAAGUUUGAAGCAUUAGCAACACAUGAUACAAUGGUUGAACUGAGUGGUGCACUUAAUACAGUAGCUGUUAGUUUCAUGAAAAUUGCUAAUGAUAUUCGACUAUUAGGUUCGGGACCUCGUUGUGGUAUUGGUGAAUUAGUAUUACCGGAAAAUGAACCAGGUAGUUCAAUUAUGCCUGGUAAAGUAAAUCCAACUCAAUGUGAAGCUAUGACAAUGGUUGCUGCACAAGUGAUGGGUAAUCAUGUUGCUGUUACUGUUGGUGGUUCAAUGGGACAUUUUGAAUUAAAUGUAUUUAAGCCAUUAAUUAUUAAAAAUGUUCUUCAUUCAAUAAGAAUUCUUUCUGAUGUUUGUCAUUCAUUUACUGAAUAUUGUGUCGUAGGUAUUGAAGCCAAUAAAACUGUAUUAGAACGUUAUAUGCGUGAAUCACUUAUGUUAGUUACUGCACUUAAUCCAUAUAUUGGUUAUGAUAAAGCGGCACAAAUUGCUAAGAAAGCUCACAAAGAAGGAACAACAUUACGUGAAGCUGCAUUAGCAUUAGGUCAUUUAACAGCAGAACAAUUUGACAAAUAUGUUAAUCCAAAAGAUAUGGUUUAA